AUGGCGUUUCACCCCAGGGACGCCUUUAUUUUGCACCAGGAGCAAAUACAGAGGCAGAAUGAGGGUGACGAGGUGGACACCUCGGCGGAGCAGAAGGUGCAGAUAGAGCUGCAGCGACUCACAGACGCGGAGUCCGCGGUGACGAUUGCCUUCUCUCACGAGGACCACACCUUGGGAAACCCGCUGCGGCACGUGCUCAUGCAAAACAGUGAGGUGACAAGCGCCGGCUACUCCAUUCCCCACCCACUGGAGGCGAAAAUGCUUCUUCACGUUCAGUCCACGGAUUACGCUGUGGAGGCGGUCGCGGAGGGGCUUGAACGCCUGGCCGACAUAUGUACUCAGACGCUGCAAAGCUUUGAGGCUUGCAUGCAUGGGAUAAGGCGCGAAAGAGCAAAGGAAGAGUAUUAA